AUAUCAGAGAAACCGGCGGACGAGAUCAUUUGACACUCCAUUACUGAAUAGUGAAUUCACACAUGUGAAGAAGUGAUCAGAUGUAAACUGAAAUUGAAGGAAAGGAGAAAUAAGGGUGUAGGCAUUUUCUAGUGGCUUUGGUGUAAAACCCACGCUUGAUGAGCAAAUUGGAGUUGGCCGGGGGACCAGAUCAAUUAAUGCAGUGGGUAGCCAUGUCUUCAGUACUGUUUCUUCUUCAUCGCAGCUGGGCUGCUUCUUUUUUUAUAGAGUCGUAGCUGAACCAAGCAAACAACAGUUGGAGGUCCCACAAGCUUUUUCAUGGUUUUGUUCCAGCAAGGGGGAGAGGUAUAAAAACCCUGGCCGCCUGCCUCUGCUAAAACAUUGGAACACUCGAAUUCUGUCGCUCCCAGCUUCGUCUGCGUCAGACACCAAGACUAACGACUUCGCCGGGAACACCUUGAAUUUGUCUCUUGUCUAACGGAAUUUUAUAUAUAAGCAGGACCAAUGGCAACAUUCGAACUAUACAGGAGGUCGACGAUCGGCAUGUGUUUGACGGAGACACUGGACGAGAUGGUCUCGAGUGGGACUCUCACUCCGGAGCUCGCAAUACAAGUUCUGGUUCAAUUUGACAAGUCUAUGACAGAAGCUCUGGAAACCCAAGUUAAGAGCAAGGUCUCUAUAAAAGGACAUCUACACACCUACAGGUUCUGUGACAACGUGUGGACCUUCAUCCUACAGGAUGCAACCUUCAAGAAUGAGGAAUGCCAGGAGAAUGUUGGUAGGGCAAAAAUAGUGGCAUGUGACUCGAAGUUGCUCUCACAAUGAGACGCCAUCCCUUCUAAAGGAAAUUUGAGACCCUUGCAGAGAAGUGACUGGAAGGUAGCCCAACUUGCAGAGACCCUUGCAGGAAAUUUGAGACUAAAAAAGAAGAAACCAUGUUCCCUUGAGAAAAACAAUUAUCAUUUGAGAUAUUGAGAUCCAGUAAUUGUUCUACUAAAAAAAAUUCUCGUGUUUCAUUUUUACUUGUGUAUGGAAUUGUUGUGGACCAUUUUGGAGAAUCAGUGGAAAUAUGGAUUGGAAAAGUGAAAUAACAAAGGAUUGACGAAA